AUGAAGUGGCUUGAAAUCCUCGGGCUUGUGGCCUUCUCAGAGUGCUUAGUCAUAAUCCCUCUAAUGAAGAUCAAGACCUUGCAAGUUACACUCAGGGAGGAAAAACUUCUAACAGAUUUCUUGGAGGAGAACACUGAUGACCAGCCCCAGAAUGCCACUGAUGACCCUAAAUUUUUACUUCAUCCCCUGAGGAAUUUCCUGGAUAUGGUCUACUUGGGAAACAUCACCGUUGGAACACCCCCUCAGGAGUUCAGGGUCGUCUUUGACACAGGCUCAGCUGACUUGUGGGUGCCUUCCAUCUACUGUGUCAGUCCCUCCUGCCGUACAAAAAAGCUCUUCAACCCUCGCUUGUCCACCACGUUCCAACCCACAUGCCAGACCUUCAAUCUCAAAUACACCUCUGGGAGGAUUCUUGGAUCUCUUGGCUAUGACACCGUUCGGAUUGGGAACCUUAUCAACCUGGACCAGGCAUUUGGCCUGAGCAAGCAUCAGAUUGGGAUGGAUCAUGUACUCUAUGAUGGCAUCCUGGGCCUGGGCUACCCCAGCCUCGCCCAUCAAGGGACCACCCCCAUCUUUGACAACCUGAAGAAUCGAGGCAUCAUUUCUCAUCCUGUAUUUGCUUUCUACCUGAGCAAUAGGAAGAAGAAUGGCAGUGUGGUGAUGUUUGGAGGGGUGGACCACAGCUACCAUAGAGGAGAGCUCAAGUGGAUACCGGUGUCCCAAACCAACUACUGGCAGAUAACCAUGAACUGCAUCACCAUGGAUGGAAUGGUUAUUGGUUGUUUCAAUGGCUGCCAGGCCAUUCUGGAUACUGGGACUCCAUUGCUGCGUGGCCCAACUAGACUGAUCACCGCCAUCCACAGUCUCAUCAAUGCCACACCUUCGGAUCGAGAGUACAAGGUUCCAUGUAGCUCUGUCAUGCAACUGCCUACCUUCACUCUCAACAUCAACGGCACUGACUACCCAGUGCCCGCUCAAGCCUACAUCUGGAAGAGUCCUCAGGGCCGCUGCCUCAGCAACUUUCUAGAGCACACACAGAAGCCAAAUAAGCCUGAGACCUGGGUCCUGGGUCAUGUCUUCCUGAGGCUGUACUUCUCAGUUUAUGAUCGGGGAAACAACAGGAUUGGCCUGGCUCCUGCAGUGUAA